AUGCCACUGAAGCGUUGCCAAACAUGCCAGAUACUGUAGCCUUAUUUGAUCUCAAGGUCGCGGGAUGACCACAAUCAAACACGUGUUACUUUAUUUUUUAUUCUCUGUUCUCUCAUUGGGACUCUCAGGUGACCUAAAAACUGUCGCUCUACAUGAUAUUUUAAAGGGUGAUCUUUCCGAAUAUACAGAAGGGUCAAAUGCUGCACUUUUAUUCAUAAUUCCUGAUAACUGUCAUAACUGCCAUAUGCACAAGAAACUCCUUAAUGAAAUUUCUUCCGACGUUCUAUACAGUGGUGAUAUUUUUCAUCUCAAUGAUAUAACUGUUCCUUGGAUUAAUAUGCUUUCUGCCCCAGCUAUACUGUUUUUAAACAAUGAAAGGAAAAUCCCUUAUCUUGGUCCACUUCAUCGCACUCAUCUUAUUAACGCUAUGCAUCAGUUUACUACAGGUGUGCAGUCAGCUCGAUUAGAUGAUGCUAAUUUUGAACACGAUACUCAGGCCUCUACUGGUUCGACAACGGGCAACUGGCUUGUUAUUUUUGAUGAGGUCGCACCAGACACCUUACAGAUCUACGAUGGAUUGUCGUUAACGAUAUAAAUAUAACAAGAUAAUACCACGACUCGAUACACUAGAUAUAUACUGGAUCGCAUCAAGCAUGCUUUAUCUUCUAUUCAAAAAGAUUUGGGAGGAGGAACAAGUGCCGACGGACUGGAAAGAAGGACACCUCGUCAAGAUUCCAAAGAAAGGAGAUCUGAGCAAAUGUGAAAACUACAGAGGCAUUACACUACUGUCAAUACCAGGGAAAGUCUUCAACAGAUUGUUGCUGAACCGGACGAAGGAUGCAGUAGACGCCCAACUUCGAGAUCAACAAGCUGGAUUCCGUAAGGAUCGGUCGUGCACAGACCAAACUGCAACACUACGGAUCAUCGUCGAACAAUCAGUUGAGUGGAACUCAUCACUAUACAUCAACUUCAUUGAUUAUGAAAAGGCAUUCGACAGUGUAGAUAGGAGGACAUUAUGGAAACUUCUUCGACACUACGGAGUUCCUGAGAAGAUUGUCAAUAUUAUCCGGAACUCAUACGACGGACUACAGUGCAAGGUCGUGCAUGGAGGACAGCUGACAGAUGCAUUCCAAGUAAGGACCGGUGUCAGACAAGGCUGCCUACUCCCCCACUUCCUCUUUCUUCUGGUGGUCGAAUGGAUUAUGAAGACUUCGACAUCUGAAGAAAAACACGGAAUACAUUGAACAGCUCAGAACUAAUUGGACGAUUUGGACUUCGCAGAUGACCUAGCCCUCCUAUCACGUACACACGAACAGAUGCAGAUGAAGACAGCCAGUGUAGCAGCAGUCUCUGCAUCAGUAGGCCUCAGCAUACACAAGGGGAAAACUAAGGUCCUCAAAUUCAAAGCGGAGAACAGCAAUCCAAUCACACUUGAUGGCGAAACUCUGGAAGAUGUAGAGUCCUUCACAUACCUGGGAAGCAUCAUCGAUGAACAAGGAGGAUCCGAUGCAGACGUAAAGGCGAGGAUCGGCAAAGCAAGGGUCGCAUUCCUACAAUUGAAGAACAUAUGGAACUCAAAACAACUUUCAACCAAUAUCAAAGUGAGAAUCUUCAAUAUGAACGUCAAGGCAGUUCUACUGUAUGGAGCUGAAACUUGGAGAACUACAACAACCACCAUCAAGAAGGUACAAGUAGUUAUAAAUGGUUGUCUACGCAAGAUACUCAACAUCCAUUGGCCGGAUACCAUCAGCAACAGCCUUCUGUGGGAGAGAACAAAUCGGCUUCCAGCUGAAGAGGAAAUUAGGAAAAGACGAUGGAAAGGGAUAGGACAUACACUACGCAAAUCGUCAAACUGCAUCACGAGACAACCCCUGACUUGGAAUCCUGAAGGGAAGCGGAAAAGAGGAAGGCCAAAGAACACAUUGCGUCGGAUAAUAGAAGCAGUUAUGAAAAGGAUGAAUUACAACUGGACGAAGCUAGAAAGGAUUGCCCAGGACAGGGUUGGAUGGAGAAUGCUGGUGAGCGGCCUAUGCUCCUUCACGAGGAGUAACAGGCGUAAGUAAGUAAGUAAGCAUCAUAUCUAACUACAUAACUCAUGAUGAACAACUGAGAACCAGGUUAUGGAUCAGACAGUGUUUUGUUUAACAAGAAUCUAGCAGUUUACACAGGGCAGAUUCCUCAAAGACGUCAGAGAUCUAAUAUGAAGGUGGGGACUUAUUCUAAACAUUAUAGGAUGGGCCUGUCUCUCUUUAUUCACUAACCAGUCACAGCUCAGUAUCACAUGACACAUCAGGUUUUGACCCAGUGACGUAUUUAUUAUUUAUUUGGACACAAAUAUUGGUACAAAGGGGCACCGAAUACAUAUGCGCCACACAAGUCACUUGACUUGUAUGUGGGCUGUGAUACUGCCUGGGUGUCCAGACUGAAGGAGGUGGUUUUCUUAGGGAGCCACACCUGGAACCUUCGACCUAAAGGUCUGAUCCGCAAGGCAGUGGAUCAACGUAAGGAGAUGCAGUCUAAUGGUAGCCGGUGCGCAACAUUUGGUUCAUACGCCAUUUUCUCCUUCAGGAUCGUGUAGCCCAUGUGCACCAUUGGUUUGGAAUGAGGGUUUUCCAACUCCCCUAGGUGGAUUCUCCGUGUCCACCAACCCGGUUAAGGCGUUAGACAUUCGCUCUUCAUUCAGUUUCUAAAACAACACCCCUGCCACGAGAAGUCAGCGAGUAGAACUUCCGUGGAAGUGGCUGUAUACAGGUGGCCAUGUGAGAGCAUUUGGAAAAGAAGAGUUGGCUCUUCCCACCCUCGACCGUGCCAGGGCAUUUGGGGGCAUUUGACUACGUAUCCUAAAGUUGUUUUAUUGUUGUAUAUACAAAGUUGUCUUGUUUCAAUUUUGACAUAUUGAAUAUCAAGCUUUUCCUGAACUCCUUUUCGUCGUGUUGUGGAUUAUUGUUGAAGUGUUUUGUAUCAGUCGUUUGGUCUGCCGAUUUCGCGUUUAUCCAACUCGAUACCAAAAGAGUAUCCCAGUUUCAUCGUAAUUAAGCAUCAUCUUAGCUAAUCGCCAUGAAUUUACUAUGUCCAAUCAUAAACCUAACCUGUUCCUCUACUUUUUUUUAGGUGGAUAACCGAUUGUUGUUAAAUUACUUAAACUUCACUAUUUUUGAUUAUUAUACAGUACAUUUUUGUAAUUGAAAUUUUCGCACACAUUUCACAAAUAUAACAAUGAAUUAUUGCUAUCAAUACAAUUAUACUGCUCAAAUUAUUUGGAUUUGACAAAUGAAUCAUACAUUGAUGUACAGGAAAUAUCGCUUAAGUAAAAGUUCUACUAAACUCUGUGAAUCAUCCUCUUUCUUCCUCUCUCUCUCUCUCUCUUUCCAAUAAUAACUUAUAAACAUUACUCUCAUUUCCUUUAUAUAAUGCUUAAAAUCAUAUUUCAUAAUUUUUAUAGUUUACGCGCAAAACAUGUAAAUAUAGGCGUUCUUGAUCCGAAACAGUCGACGCGUACAGCUAAACGUUUCAAUAUCAGCAUACCAUCGGAUUCUGCUCAGAAUAAUCCUCUAAUUUCAGCAAUCUUAUUAAAACAAUCCACCAUGUAUCAAUAUUCAAAAAAUCUACAUCGAAUGGAUUAUGAGCAAGUUACCCAAUUUGCGCUUACUGGCUAUCCAAAUCAUAUUAAAGGUUCAAUUCCACGUCCACGUAUGAUGUUUGAUGAAAUGGUCGAUGCUCUUGUUGGAUUUACUGUGCUUGUCUAACAGAUCUCAGAUAUGAUGAGAAGUACAUUUGAAUGUAAACUUACAAGUAAUCAGUGGAAUGCUUUUAACUUGGGAUCGCUAGUUAAGGAUUCUGAAAAUAAUAACACUAGUUAAUAAACUAUUGUCUAGACUCUUUAGGUAGAUUUUAAUAACAUUCAGUAAGAAAAAAAGAAAGGAAUAAUAGCCAAUUGUCAAGAAAGACGACUGAAUCAAAAGGUAGGUUGGUUUACGGAAUAGUUCAAAUAACUUUUGAUAACAUUGAAUAGAAAAUUAGUCUUAAGCUUCCAACUUUUGGAAAAGUUGAGUGUACUGUAUCUCUUCGGAAGAGAUGAAGGGUAUGAGACACUAAUGAACUAUCUAAGUGCUAGUUAGGAUUUCCUUUUCAAACUAAUUAUUGUGCAAGUUAUGUCAUGAAAAUUGUGCAUAAUUCCUUCUGUGUGAUUACUGUUUAUACUGAUUUGUUUAUUUACUUAUUUAAACACAAAACCUUGUACAAAGAGGCACCAAAUAUAUACGCACGGGUGCACAAACCGAAACAAUUGGUUUCCUUAGUCUCCCACUCUCUAAGCAUUUGAUCUACAAGUUUAAUCCACAAGGCAGUAGAGCAACCUAAGGAGACUCAUUUCCAUGGUAGCCGGUGACCAAUAAUUGGUUCAUACGCCAUUUUCUCCUUCAGGAUCGUGGAGCCCAUAUGCACCACUGGUUUGGAAUGAAGGUUUUCCAACUCCUCUAGGUUGAUCCUCCGUGUCCACCAACCUGGUUAAAGCGCCGGAGAUUCGCUUUUCGUCCUCUCAGUUUCGUAAACAACACCCGUGCCACGAGAAGUCAGUGAGUAGGACUUCCAUGGAAGUGGCCGUAUACGCGUGGCCAUGUAAGAGCAUUUGGAGAGGGAGCUGAUUCUCCCCAAAAGAAAAAGUAAACUGUUGUCAGCCCGUAAUGUGCGACCUUAAUAUAAUUUAUUAAGCACCAGAGUUUACAGUGUUUCAAGCUCACCGGAAACUAAACAAUGUAUAUCAAAAACGAUCCCCACUUUCCAAAAGAUCCAAAAAUGGAGCUAUACACUUUGACAUUCCUCCUAUUAAUUAUAUUGGUCAUUACAGAGAAUAUCAUAUUAUACAGUAGUCCAUCAUCAGCACGGAUUCGAAAAGCUCGCUUGGCUUUUGCCAACUUGCGUCACCUUUGGCGAAGGCGAGAUAUCCGUCUAUCAAUAAAAGGACGGGUAUACUGCGCGGCAGUCCGUUCUGUUUUACUUUACGGCAGCGAAACAUGGCCACUAAGAGUAGAAGACACUCGUAAGCUAUUAGUAUUUGACCACAGAUGUCUUAGAAAUAUUGCUGGCAUCUGCUAGGACCACCGGGUAAGUAAUAGUGAGGUUGGACGCAGGGUAUUAGGGAAUGAUGGUAAAUCAGUUGGUGAGGUUAUGAAUCUUCAUCGACUGAGAUGGUUGGGCCACGUGUUACGUAUGCCUGAACACCGACUACCACGACGUGCAAUGCUAUCCGGUAUUGGAGAUGGUUGGAAGAAAGUUAGGGGCGGCCAAACCAAAACGUGGCACCAGUGCUUGAAGGCACUAACUUCUAGUCUUAGCCAUGUUGGUAGAUACAGACUACUUGGUUGGGGUCAGUGCGACUAUCGUAACCAAUGGUUGGAGACUCUUGGUGACAUGGCUCAGAAUCGAUCACAAUGGCGUCAGUGUAUACACUCCCUGUCUUCCCUUAAACUAAGAGAUUAAAAUCACUUCAUAUCUUUCUUUCUACGAACCAAUUCUUUCUUCUUGUACUAUAUCUCUAUAUGCAAUCUUUCUCUUAUAUAUUACCACCUUUGACCUAACCACUGCUAUGAAUCCGGUGUUCAUCUCGUUGUGCUGAUGCGGUAUGGCAACCUGGACCGAUGCACAUAUGUGCCUGGUCCUACGUUGUAGCUGACUGACUGACCAUCAUCAGGUCUUGUGUGAAUAUAUAUCAGUAUAUCUAUUUUUACGUCAACUAGCUAUCUUCAGUAUUUUGUACCUUCCACAAUUUUUUUACUUGGAUUGCCAAUUAUUUGUUUCAUGUUUGUUCAAAUUUAUACAAUUGAUACUUAGUUAGAAUUUGUUUCAUGUUUGAGAGGUGACCAAGGAUGUUAUGCAUAAACACACAAAGAAACCUAUAUAAUGGGAAGUUUUAUAAUGCUCUAUUAUCGCUACACUUUCUUUUAGGACAUUGUAUUACCUAGAAAUUUUGAUCAUUUGUUAGUUGUAAUCAUUUUCCUCCAUCAGACUUCCAAUCAUAGACAACGUACGGUCUGGGACUUUUUGUGCGUUUGCUUAAGUUAGCAUUAUUUUACAUCAACACCGCGACAGAAAAUUAAAACAAAUUGUGAGAAACAAUAUCGAAUAUAGUGAAGAUCUGUCUCUUUUGUUUUCUUAACGUACAUCAUUAAGUGUUAGGCGGCAACCAACCAUCCAAAAACGUAUCUAAACAAAAUAAGUUUGUAAUUGUUUAUUUUUCAUGGGUUGACUUACCGUUUUCUACGUAAAAGCUGCCGACUACAAUAUUUCUUGUCUCGCUGUUAAUUGUAUAACGCAUGAACAGCGUUUAGGAGACACUUGUGGUCAAAUAUUCGUAGCCUACGUGUUUUUCAUUUCUGCAGAUGAUAUUUCAGUUGUAAAAUGAUAUAGAGCAAACUGCUGUAUGGUACACUCGCUUUUCAUGGUAAGCAGCGUAGCAUUCCGUCUGCGCUCCGAGCGCUACGUACGUGGCAGUGAACCCAAACUGUUGCAGUUUCAAAAGUGUUGUCUUCUCUAAAAUCCGUCCUACAACAAGGAUGUGCAUCACAAGUAUGAAGUACGAAAAUACAGUUACAGAUACCUUGAUUUUCUCAUUAGCAGAGUCCCGUAUGUGUUUUAAAAACAAACGAGAAAACAAUACUACUCAAACCUAAACGUACGAAGUAUUGAGACAUCCCAGGUAACGUAAGUGAUAUUGGUAGUAGUAUUGAAAUGGAUUAAAUAUAUAUUGUGUCGUUUCCUUUAUUAUUUGCUAUGACAGUGACGACUGAUGUAUCUACAUUCUUAGUUUUAUUCUAUCACUUUCCAUAGGACCUACAAAACGAAUUCGGGAAACCCCUCGUAAUAUUGCUUGGAGUUAUUGCGUUGUUCACUGUUAUGAUUUUUGUUGGUUUAAUACUAGUAGUAGGGUUUUGGUUCGCAGGAUCUUUUGAAAAUGAUGCAAAAGGACAUGUCUCAUCGAUAAAAUCGCCUCAUCAAACUGGUGAUGAUAAAAGAUCAGAAUCAAUUAAGAAAACGAAAAACGAAUGACAAAAUGUGCUUACUAUUUCUUUUCAUAUACACUCAAUCGAAAAAAUUUCUUGUUGGACAUUUCUACACUCAUGGAAUUUUUCUAAAUUCUUAUCAAAAUCUGUUUGGUUAACUUCGUAUGCUAUGAAAAUAACUAUGCUUUACUUUUUUUGUCAAGAUUGACUAAAAUUUUGUUUAUACGUUUUAUUUGUUGUUGAAUAUAAUUAUUUCUGUAACGUAUCUGUUUUGCCUUCAGAUCGUUAAAAAUUUAUGAAAGAUGUAGGCAACGUAAAACAUCG